AUUCGAUCGACUUUUAUCGAUCUAUAUUGCGCCAUCAGCUGUUUAUUAGCCCGUUUAAUAUUUUUUUGUUUUCCGCACAAAUUUUUUUGUUUUGCAUGUUUUGUUAUGGCGAAAUGUUACUUGUGAAAUUGUUUUUUAUUGUACUAAUUAACGAGAACAGAUAAGAAAUUUUAGAUUAACAUUUUCACGCACAAGUUGUGGGGCUUAGCUACUCUUUUACGAUAAAUACAAGGACAUCGUAUAACGAAAAUAAUUAAUGCAUAAUUAUCAGGCUGCGCAGGCGUUUAACAAAUGAAUUUGAUUGCCUGAGAACAGCAAUACACUUGGAAUGUCUAGUUUUUAAUAGAUUAGUAGUAAUGGCAUCAACGGAUAACUUAUCUACCCUUUUGGAAUGGAUAAAGUUAACUCACAGUCGUUGCAUACUGAAUAGCACUUUGCCACAAUGUAUGGAAACGGAGGCAGAUGGUACCUUCGGCGAUGAAGUUGAUACUGAAGCGCACGUGUGGAAGAAUAAAACAGUAUCGUACUUAGAGAUAGGCUUGACAGUUAUUUCCAUAUUAAUGCGCGUAGUUGCUGUGUUACUCAAUGUCAAAUUGGCUGUGGACUAUUAUCAACAAGGAGAAGAAAGUUAUUGCAUUUGGACAGUCGUAUGCAUAAUAGUGCCAAUGUGUGUCACUGCGCUGAUAUAUGCUACAAUGUGUUAUCAAGAUAAAAAAUUUAAGGGCGGAUUCAAGAAGGCAACGGAAACAGCAUUACUGGUUAUAGUAUCUUCACUUUUUCUCAGACACUGGAAUACGCUCAUAUAUUCGUUAAAAUGCAAACAUGCUGAACUGCAAGGAAAUCGAGACGAACAAUCAGAUUAUUACAAACGCACUGCGAAAGAAGAAAGCGAUGUUGCUUUGAUUCGUUUAUUUGAAUGUUUCAUGGAAACUGCUCCACAAAAAAUAUUGCAAAUAUCAAUUAUACUGAUGCAAGAAAAUCAAAUCACAGCUACACAAAUACUUAGUGUGCUGCUUUAUCUUUCGAGCGUACCAUGGACGUUAUUCAGUUAUAAUCGUUGCAUACGUGCCGCGCAACCAAAUAAAAACAAGUUAAGCUAUUGGUAUAUGGCGCCUCAUCUCUGCUGGCACUUUUGUAUUUCACUUUCGCGCAUCUUAUGCAUUGCUUUUGUGGCUGUGCUCUUUCCCAUCUGGACAAUAGUUGCAUGCAUUUUGCACGCCGUCAUAUUGGGAUUCGUCACAUACAUAGUGGAACGUCCGGAAUUCUCCAGCAUUAUUUUCUUUCACAAUUUUCUCUUUUGCAUCGCACUAGGUUUCGUUUACAUAUUCAUUUACAUUCCAGUCAAGGAGGCACCAACUAGAUACAAAUAUGCAUUGUACUAUCUACUUUGUUCGAUAGAAAAUAUCAUAUGUAUACGAUUAUUCAUAUAUUAUCCACCAAAAAAUCUUUUAGAUUCUACUAGUCUUUUCUAUGCAAUUUGUAUUUCAGCUUUUGUAUUUUAUUAUGUCGGCAUUUGUUGUAUGCUCACUUACUACGUCAAUUAUCAUCCAAAUGUAAAAACAAGAAGAAACAAAAAUACCAAUGGCUAAAAAGUUGUAAAUGAGCAUUUAUAAAUACAAUUAAGUAUUAAAAUACAUUCUCAAAUAUAUUUAAGUAUAAGUAUAUAGUAAGUUGUUGGCAAAAGCUUUAUUAUGAAGUAAAUUUUUCACCAACUGAUAUUCUAUGAGCAUCUACAGGUUAAUGACAUUUUCUACAUAUACCAUAAAGGUAUACCUAGUUUUUAUAAAAUAAAAAUAUAUAUAUUUUUAUAAAUCUAAA